GUCCGUGCGUCGCGUCUCCACCCCCCGCCCCGGUAACCGGGGAAGUGGCGGCGGCGGCUGCGGGGCUGAGGGUAUAUUUGAGACAUCAUGAAUUGGAAUAAAGGUGGUCCUGGUACAAAGAGAGGCUUUGGGUUUGGUGGAUUUGCCAUAACCCCUGGCAAGAAAGAGGAGCCCAAGCUGUCUCAGCAGUCCCACAGUGCCUUUGGCACCGCUGGCUCCUCGGCAGCGUUUGCGAAAUCGGGGCCUCCUCAGCUGCCUUCCUUCUACAAAAUUGGGUCAAAACGAGCCAAUUUUGAUGAGGAGAAUGCGUACUUCGAGGAUGAAGAGGAAGAUUCCAGCAAUGUGGAAUUGCCCUACAUUCCCGCGGAGAAUUCCCCCACUCGGCAGCAGUUCCAUUCCAAAUCGGCCGACUCUGACAGCGACGAUGAUCCUCUGGAGGCUUUCAUGGCUGAAGUGGAGGAUCAAGCUGCUCGAGACAUGAAGAGACUUGAAGAUAAAGACAAAGAAAAAAAGAAUGCUAAGGGUAUUCGAGAUGACAUUGAAGAGGAAGAUGACCAAGAAGCGUAUUUUCGCUACAUGGCUGAGAACCCCACUGCUGGCAUGGUGCAGGAGGAGGAAGAGGAUAACCUGGAGUACGACAGCGAUGGGAAUCCGAUUGCACCAUCCAAAAAAAUCAUUGAUCCUCUUCCACCUAUUGACCAUUCAGAGAUCGAAUACCCACCGUUUGAGAAGAAUUUCUAUGAUGAGCACGAGGAGAUCACCAGCCUGACGCCGCAGCAAGUGGUGGAGUUACGGCAUAAGCUGAAUCUCCGGGUCUCCGGGGCUGCUCCUCCAAGGCCUGGCAGUAGUUUUGCUCAUUUUGGAUUUGAUGAGCAACUUAUGCAUCAGAUUAGGAAAUCUGAAUAUACCCAACCCACUCCAAUACAAUGUCAGGGUGUUCCAGUGGCACUGAGUGGCAGAGACAUGAUCGGGAUAGCCAAGACUGGAAGUGGGAAAACAGCUGCCUUCAUCUGGCCAAUGCUGAUCCACAUCAUGGAUCAGAAGGAGCUUGAACCUGGGGAUGGUCCCAUUGCAGUGAUCGUCUGCCCGACCAGGGAGCUCUGCCAGCAGAUCCACUCGGAGUGCAAGCGCUUUGGCAAGGCCUAUAACCUGCGCUCCGUGGCCGUGUACGGAGGAGGGAGCAUGUGGGAGCAAGCCAAGGCCCUGCAGGAGGGGGCAGAGAUCGUGGUCUGCACGCCAGGUCGUUUGAUUGACCAUGUGAAAAAGAAAGCUACAAACCUGCAGAGAGUCACUUACCUUGUGUUUGAUGAAGCUGACAGGAUGUUUGAUAUGGGGUUUGAAUAUCAGGUCAGAUCAAUCGCAAGCCACGUACGUCCUGACAGACAGACCCUCUUGUUCAGUGCCACGUUCCGUAAGAAGAUUGAGAAAUUGGCCCGGGAUAUUCUGAUCGACCCCAUUCGGGUUGUGCAAGGAGACAUUGGAGAGGCAAACGAAGAUGUCACUCAGAUCGUGGAGAUCUUCCCCUCUGGGCCCAGCAAGUGGAACUGGCUGACGCGGCGCCUCGUGGAGUUCACGUCCUCCGGCAGCGUCCUCCUCUUCGUCACCAAGAAAGCCAACGCAGAGGAACUGGCCAACAACCUCAAGCAGGAGGAUCAUAACCUGGGGCUGCUCCACGGGGACAUGGACCAGAGCGAGAGGAAUAAAGUCAUUUCGGAGUUUAAGAAGAAGGGGAUCCCCAUCCUGGUAGCUACUGAUGUGGCAGCUCGAGGGUUGGAUAUCCCUUCCAUCAAGACCGUCAUCAACUACGACGUGGCUCGGGACAUUGACACCCACACGCACCGCAUCGGCCGCACCGGCCGCGCCGGGGAGAAGGGAGUGGCCUACACCCUGCUGACCCCCAAGGACAGCAACUUCGCUGGUGACCUCGUCAGAAACCUGGAGGGUGCCAACCAGCACGUCUCCAAAGAGCUGCUGGAUUUGGCAAUGCAGAAUCCGUGGUUCCGGAAAUCCCGUUUUAAAGGAGGGAAGGGCAAGAAGCUGAAUAUUGGUGGUGGUGGCUUGGGAUACCGUGAACGCCCCGGGCUGGGCUCAGAAAAUACUGACCGUGGAAACAACAACAGUGUGAUGAGCAACUACGAGGCCUACAAGCCAUCCACGGGGGCCAUGGGGGACAGGCUGACAGCAAUGAAAGCAGCUUUCCAGUCCCAGUACAAGAGCCACUUCGUUGCCGCAAGUUUAAAUAACCAAAAGACUGGGAGCUCUGCCGCUGGCGCCAGCGGCUGGACCAGCGCCGGGAGCCUCAACUCCGUCCCGACGAGUUCGGCGCAGCAGAACGCGGCCAACGCCGAGAGCCCCAUCGCAGCCACCGCCGCGGCAAAGGGCGUCCCGGGCUUCACGGGCACGGGCAGCCUGAGCAGCGUCCCCGCCUUCCCCGGCGGCGCAGCGCAGGGCUUCAGCGGCGCAAAUGCCGGCGCCAACAGUCGAGAAAGCGGCGGCGGCGUUGCCAGAGAACGCUACAGCGACAACCGGAACAGUCGGCACGGCGAGGCCCCGCGGCGCGGGGAGGGCGGCGGCCGAGGGGAGGGCGGCGGCCGCUACAACAACGAUGCCCAGCAGCGUUACAGCGAUGCCCAGCGUGAUGCCCAGCAGCGUUACAGCGAUUCCCAGCAGCGUUACAACGAUUCCCAGCAGCGUUACAACGAUUCCCAGCAGCGUUACAGCGAUGCCCAGCGUGAUGCCCAGCGUUACAGCGAUUCCCAGCAGCGUUACGGUGAUGCCCAGCGUGAUGCCCAGCAGCGUUACAGUGAUUCCCAGCGCGAUGCCCAGCAGCGUUACAGUGAUUCCCAGCGCGAUGCCCAGCAGCGUUACGAUUCCCAGCGUGAUGCCCAGCAGCGUUACGGUGAUGCCCAGCGCGAUGCCCAGCAGCGUUACGAUUCCCAGCGCGAUGCCCAGCAGCGUUACGAUUCCCAGCGCGAUGCCCAGCAGCGUUACAGUGAUUCCCAGCGCGAUGCCCAGCAGCGUUACGAUGCCCAGCGCGAUGCCCCGCGUUACAGUGAUGCCCAACCCCAGCGUUACGGUGAUGCCCAGCGUGAUGCCCAACGUUACAACGAUUCCCAGCGUUACAAUGAUGCUCAGCCCCAACGUUACGAUUCCCAACGCUACAACGACGCCCAGCCCCAGCGCUACAACGACGCCCAGCCCCAGCGCUACAACGACGGCCAGCGCUACAGCGAUGCUCAGCCCCAGCGCUACAACGACGGCCAACGUUACAACGACGCCCAGCCCCAGCGUUACAGCGACGGCCAACGCUACAGCGACGGCCAACGCCACGGCGAAGGCGGCGGCCGGCACGGCGACCCCUCCCGGCACGGCGACGUCCAUCGCCACGGCGAGGGCCGGCACUUCUCCGAUUUGCCGGGCGGCGGCAACCGCAACAACGGUGACAGCAGGAACAGCAGCGAGAGCAGGAACGGAGAGAGCAGGAAGGAGGCCAACAGCCGGGACAACAAGACAGAUGGUUUUGCUGUCCCAGAGCCCCCAAAAAGGAAGAAGAGCCGGUGGGACAGUUAAAAGCUUGGGGGUUCACAGCCUGGAAUCUCUGCAGGUAGUGUUGUCCUUUCCCAGAGGAUUUCUUGGGGUUUUUGGUAACUGGUUGUUGAGCAGCUGGGGCAGGAGAAGGAAACCUUGAGAACCCCCGUGCAAGUUCAUCUGCGGACAGAUUCACCCGAACGAAGUGCACACAACACUUAGCGAAAGAAAUCAUUUUGAUAAAGCUCCCUGGGUUCUGCUUUGAAACAUUCAGUGCUCAAGUGACUCUGCUGGAUUUAAACAGAUCUUCUUGACAAAAAGAAGCUGUUCCACAUGCUUGGAACGUUAAGAAACUGUUGUCCAUAGAGGUAUAAAUUAGUCUUUUCUUAACCAGCGUUCACAUUUACAAACCAGUCCAGUCCACCUCGAGAUGCUCAGGACCUGCCUGUUAGACAUUAAUCUUGCAGCAGUUUGGUCAGUAUGGUGAGUUCUUCCCCCAUCCCCUUUUCACAUAUUCUCCCCAAAUAAUUUGGCCUCCAGGUUACCCCUUACCUCUCUCCCCAUCAACUCAGACUGUCAAUUUGCUUUGCUGAAGGUGAAGCAGAGCAAGUUGGAUGUUUUGGUUGGUUGGGUUUUUUGGGUUUUUUUUUUUGUGUGUAUUUGUGGAGCUGCUCAAGGGAUCCUUCUCAAUCCCAGCAAACCACAAAUUCACCUGUAGUGUAGGUUGGACUCCUGGCUUGUUUGUGGUCAGUAUUUUAAUUCCAAUCCCAUUAAUCCCAUUGCCCAGAUUUUAUUUUUUUCUUUCAAAGAACCUCCUGUUUUCUAAUAUCCCUCAUUCUGGUGGAAGCCUGCAUAGCAAACCUGUGUCUCUGCUGUGCCUAUGCACCCUCUGUUCUGAGAGGGUUGAGUGCUUUCUUCAAAUUAAAAACAAAAAAGGGAAAAUAAUGUAGAUAUAUCACCACAGUCAGAAGCUGCAGCCCCCAGGAAGUGUGGCUAAAGGAAAAAGAUUCAGAAAUUCAGGGAUCUGUUGCUCAGAAGCCUUUAGGGAGAACCCAGAAAACGAUUAAUGAAAAGAAACAAAAUCUGGCCCUGUUUUGGACACAUGCAGUAAAUCUGUAAAAUCUUGCUUGCCCAUUUUUAACUUGUUGUGUGUAUUCCCAUUUUUUAACUUUUUUGUUUGGUUGGUUGGUUUUUUGCCACAAGGUAGGGAAGAACUUUUCAGUUGGGACGUGUCAGCACCCGCCGCUGGCUCGUUUCCACUGGAAGAUGUACCAGAAGCUGUCAGGGUUUUGUGACAUUGUGAUGUUUUCUUUAUCAGCCGUGCAUUUACUUUCUGCUUGCUCUAGUAAAUGUUUUAUUACUGGUACAAAAA